GUUUGACUACGUGGUAAAGCUUCUGGCGCCUGGGUCGCUGAUUCCCUGAUCUGUAACUGUGGAGAGGUUGGUUAAGAGCUGGUUGUAGUUCGGUAUCUUAGAGAAGGUUUCAGUUUGUGCGAUGCCAGAAACUGUUGCUGUAAAAAGUGCGAAAGAUGGACAACAAGAGGAACAAGAGUUGGCCUCCAAAGCUCUUCGUAUACAAAAUAAGCGUUUCUACUUAGAUAUCAAACAGAACAAGAGAGGUCGCUUUGUCAAGAUAACCGAAGUUGGUAGUGGAGGACAAAAGUCACGUAUCUUGAUGUCAAUGCCUGUCGCUCUAGAAAUGAAAGAAAAAAUAAAUAAACUUAGUGAUACAUACAGCCAACUACCGUCGCACAAUCGGGAAUCACUUGCACAAGAUGGGCGUAUUGCAUCAGACAUCAUUGUUCGUGAUAGCAGACGAUACUACCUUGAUCUCAAAGAAAACGAACGAGGUCGUUUCUUGCGCUUAGCUAUGCUGUCCGUGGGUGUUCGUGUUCAGAUCGCAAUCCCAGCUCAGGGUAUGAUCGAGUUGCGCAACGCAUUGGCUGAUCUCAUACAAAACUACUCAGGAGAUACGGAGAACGAUAUAUUUUCAGAUCUACCUGAAUCUAAAGUACUCUUUGUUGGCAACAAAACGUUCUAUUUUGAUGUCGGUUCAAACAGAUUUGGCAUAUUUCUGCGUAUAUCUGAGGUUCGUGCUAACAUUCGUUCCUCAGUCACUAUACCUGAACAACACUGUACACGGUUUUGUGAUAUUAUCACUGAGUUGGCUAGCAAAAUUUCCAGUCAGAAACUAACUAAUGGAGUGUCCGAGGAUGGAAGUAAUUCUGAUCAACCAGAAGAAAAAGCUAAAGAGGAUGCAGUAGAAAAUACAGACGGGGAAGUCUCACCAACCGCAUCCUAAUGCGUGUUUCUAUUAUGAUCUCAACAAUGCUCUGGCAUUUAUUGUGAUGCAUCUUAUUUGUUUAACUUACAAUUAUUCUAUUUUAUUUUUCCGUUUUACCCAGUAAUUGUGGCAUUUUUAUAUAAUAGUUAUUUUGUCUUAUGUAAACUAGCUUGUUUUUGUCUAGCUAUAUACUCCUUAGGUUUUAUUUCUUAUUUGGCAUGCGUGUCUAUCUUUUAUGUUACCAUUAUCUGUUGUGAAGCUUGUGCUGUGUCGCAUGAAUAUAACCUAACUGCUUGUUUUGUGAUUAAUCACAUGCACAAUCAUUGUGACUUCAAAGUAAUAUACUAAUAUAUUGUUUGUUUUGC